GCUUUUCUGCUUGCUUUUGUCUCUUAUCACUUCUGAGCUGUUUUACUUCAAAUUGCUUUUCUGCUUGCUUCUGUCUCUAUCACUUCUGAGCUUUCUUCCAAAGUCUGGUCAUUCUUUUCUGUCUACUCUUACGAAUGAAAAGACAAAAAAGCUUUUUAGAUCUGUAUACGUGGGUGAAGCAUAUAGACUCUGGGCUUCACUUAGGGUGCUCUGGGUGGGCCUUUCCUGGGGAACCUCUGAUGUCAGUAUCUUGGAUUGUUCCUCCUGGGCUGGUCAGUUCCUCAGAGUUGAGUCUUCCAGUCUUCUAAGGAUUUGCCUACUAAACAUUAAAACGUGAAAGAGGAAUGCGGGCCCUGCAUCCAGCAUUAUGUAUUCCUAAAUUCACUUAACUUUGUUUCCAGUGUGCUUCUCUAGAAUGCCUGAGGAUGCCCCAGUCCAGGGACUAGUAUUACUUUGUCCAGAAAUAAACCUCUAGUCUUCUAUGGGAGUAAGGGGGUAGAGUUACUUAGAGGUGUUUCUCAAAUAGCUUUCAUGUAGUCCACUUCCAAUUUCAGGGCGUGUGUUUCAGUGCCUUUUGAGAAUUCUGCAGAGUGAAUUGGGUUUUUCUGGUGUGCUAAGUCACAUUCAUUCACCUGUUUUCCAGCUUCUGAGUUUUAUUGCUGUUAUCUCCUGUCCCCAUUUUUCCAAUUUAUUUUUAUAUCAUUUUACCGUAGAUUUAGUAGUUUUGGAAGGGAGUAAAAUUAGAUGAGGGUAUUUAACCCACUAUAUUAACUACUUCAUUCUUUAAACUUCCUUUUUUUUCUUUUGGCAGAGAGCCAUUAGCAGUGUGAAAUAAUCUUACUAAGAAUGAUUCUUAGGCUGGGCAUGGUGGCUUGUACCUGUAAUCUCAGCACUUUGGGAGGCCAGGGCUGGAGGAUGGCUUGAGCUCAGGAGUUUGAGACCAGCCUGGGCAACAUAGUGAGUGAGACCUUGGCUCUACUAAAAGUAAAAAAAUAUUAGCCAGGCAUGGUGGCAUGUGCCUGUAGUCUCAGCUAUUUGAGAGGCUGAGGUGGGAGGAUCGCUUGAGCCCAGGUGGUUGAGGCUGUAGUGAGCCGUGAUUGUUCCACCACUCCAAGCUGGGCAAAAUUCAUUUUGAGACCCUGUCUCAAAACAAAACAAACAAAAAACACCUCUUGGGAACCAUGUUCUUUUCACAUAAUUUAAAAUUAAAUCUACAUAGAUGUAAUUUUGAAUUGCAAACUAUAACCUGUUUAAUGCCUAACAGCACAGCUUCAUUUAAUUCACAAUUUGUAACUUGUGAAAGCUUUCAGGGACCUGGCUUAAGUUGUCCUUUUUAGUUGUUGGUCUUUUUACAAAUUAUGUAUCAUAAAACACUUGCCCAGCAUGGGGUAGAUACAGUGAGAGCUUCAGUAAAGCCUUUCCUCUAAAAGCCCACUAUUUUAAGGUAACUUGGGAUUACUGCACUAUCUCCUUACCCCGAUGAAUCCUAAUUUGAGUUGACUGAGGUGUUUUAUCAUUAAACAUUAGUUUUACUGAAACUAAUUUAAAAGGAAGCCUUAACUUUCAUAUCAAACAGCUAUGGUAAACUGAGUAAGAACUCUGUACGAAGUCGCUAUUAAAAUGUUUUUAUCUUGCUACCAGGAUAUGGAUGUAAAAUGCUAAUAACUAUUACACAACCUAUAAUAGUUACAGGUUACAAUAGGGAUAAUAACACUUUAACCCACAAAGACUAGCUUAGUCCUACUACUUAUCUAUGAAUAAUGCAUGUAGUCAAUAACACUGGAAGGGAUAGAGCAUUAUAAACUUAUAAUUCAGAGAUGAGAAAUGGUGCCAGUAAUUUAAAAGUAUUUCAGGUCUCAUAAUGCUAAAACAGGGUGUAGGUAUGCCCUACAAUUACAGAGAACUCAGUCGGGCUUGAGGAGAACAGCCUCACUUAAUUGUAGUUUUCCUGUCGGUGUAAGGUGCCGGCGUUUCUUCAUGUGGGAGGAGACUGAAAUUCUGAAGGUUAUGUGGUUAGUACAAUUAGUCUGUGACCUCGGGAAACUAAUGAGUCUUUGGGGCCUCAGCGAUCUUCAUGUUAAGGAAUAUUUUACCCAGGAAUUGCUUCAUUUUCAAUUCUUGUUUAGGGCGCUCUUAGGAAAAAGGACGCGUACGCUGCACAGAAAGUAAACAAUAGAGCAGAAAGAAGAAUCCGAAGGUCAUUAAUCUUAAAAUAACCAACCCUCUGGAGCCAACUUAUUUCUCUCUUUAAAUUGCCGAAUGAGCCCCAUCCCCCUGCUGGCUUAAACCACAGUGGCCCAGGCCUCCCACCGGGUGUCCGCUGCAUGAACCAGUCGCAUGCCGGUUUCUUCUCGAAACCCUCACAGAAAGACCCAACACACUCUAGGAAAUAAACCGUCAACAUCAGGAGACGCUCAGAACCCUCUUCCCACACCCGGUGGUCCUCGCCCAGAGCAUAUUUCGCCUCCAGACCCCAGGAUCCGGGAAAUGGAACAAAACUCCCCGGCGGCGGCACUCACGCACUUUCCGGCACGCCGGAGCCGCAAAAGCCUCGACCACUUCGACUCCUCUGUCCGUCUACUGCGAAGCGGGGUGGCGUUGGGGGAGGUGGGCAACCUGUCAGUAAAGGGGGCGGGGCGCCGGCCGGAAGAGCCUCCGCGCGGCCGCGCUCUUUUCCUGGAGCUCAAGUGGGCGGGGCCUGUCGUCCGGGCAACCCGGGAGCGUUUGUCCACACAAUUUCUGCCCCGACUCUGCGGACUACUGCAGUGGAGCUUGACUCUUAAUGAGGAAGCCCGUUUGAAAUAUGAGAAAGAAGAAAUGAAAAGGCUUGAAAUACAGCGAAUUGAGAAAGAAAAAUGGCAUCAACUUGAAGCAAAAGAUCUAGAAAGGAGAAAUGAAGAACUUGAAGAACUUUAUUUAUUAGAGAGGUGUUUUCCUGAAGCAGAGAAAUUGAAACACGAAACUAAAUUGCUUUCUCAGUGGAAGCACUACAUUCAAUGUGAUGGGAGUCCUGAUCCUUCAGUAGCCCAAGAAAUGAACACGUUUAUUAGUUUGUGGAAAGAGAAAACAAAUGAGACUUUUGAGGAAGUGAUUGAGAAGAGUAAAGUAGUGCUAAAUUUAAUUGAGAAAUUGAAAUUUAUUUUAUUGGAAACUCCACCAUGUGAUUUGCAAGAUAAAAAUAUAAUACAGUACCAAGAAUCAAUACUACAACUGCAGGACCUCCUUCAUCUUAAAUUCGGUGUAGCCACAGAAAUACUUCUCAGACAAGCUAGUACUUUGGCAGAUCUGGACAGUGGAAAUAUGGAAAAAGUCAUUAAAGAUGAAAAUGUUACUCUGUAUGUGUGGGCAAACCUCAAGAAGAAUCCAAGGCACAGAAGUGUUAGAUUCUCUGAAACACAAAUUGGAUUUGAGAUUCCAAGGAUAUUAGCAACAAGUGACAUUGCUAUACGACUCCUGCAUACCCACUAUGAUCAUGUUUCUGCACUGCACCCUGUUUCAACACCAUCAAAAGAACACACUUCUGCAGUAACUGAGCUUGUCAAAGAUGAUGUUAAGAAUGUAGAAAAAGCAAUCAGCAAAGAGGUCGAAGAAGAGUCCAAACAACAAGAAAGAGGGUCUCACUUAAUUCAGGAGGAAGAAAUAAAAGUUGAGGAGGAACAAGGUGAUAUUGAAGUGAAAAUGAGUUCUGCUGAGGAAGAAUCUGAAGCCAUAAAAUGUGAACGAGAGAUGAAAGUAUUAAGUGAAACUGUUUCAGCAGCACAGUUGCUGCUGGUAGAGAAUUCUUCUGAAAAGCCAGAUUUCUUUGAAGACAAUGUGGUGGAUUUAUGCCAGUUCACAACUCUGGGUGGAGUAUACCACUUGGAUAUUUUGGAGCUUCCUCCACAGUGUAAACCAGUGAAGGGAUGGAUGAUUGUGGAAAUACUCAAAGAAGGAUUACAGAAAUACACGUAUCCUCCGGAAACUACAGAAGAGUUUGAGACAGAAAAUGCUUUCCCACCUAUAGAGGUCACACUUGAGGUUCAUGAGAAUGUAAUCUUUUUUGAGGAUCCUGUGGUUGUAAGGUGGGAUGCUGAAGGUAAACAUUGGAGAACUGAUGGCAUCAGCAAUGUAUCCUACAAACCAAAAGAAAGACUUGUAACAUUCAGCCUGGACACCUUUGGCCCUGUUACCUUGAUUCAAGAUGCUCAUAUUAACAUGCCGUACCAGUCAUGGGAACUAAGACCACUUGAUGUAAAUAAAGUACUUUUAACUGUGACUACAGUAUUUACUGAGAUUCAAAUACAAAUUAAGGAAAACCUCUGCAUGUUAUCUUCAAUCAAACUAAAAGACAAGAAACAUAUCUCUAUUUUGGAAGGAACCUGGAUGACUCCUAUUCCUUUCAUUAUUGCUUUGAAAGAAGCUGGACUGAAUAUCUUUCCUACUAGACACUCUCAUUUUUAUGUUAUUAUAAACAAUAAGGUUCCUUUGGUAGAAGUGAAAGCUUAUCGACAGAUGGCCCUACUAAGUUCUGCUUUUGCAUUUGGUUGGAGCAAGUGGAACCUACUAUGUAAUUCUACAAAAGUCGUAUUUAAGGUGAGGGAACACCUUACUGAAGAAUGUACUGAGAAUCCUAAUUGGGCCCUUUUAAUGUUUAGUGGUGACAGAGCACAAAGACUGAAGAUCAAGGAAGAGAGUGAGGCAUUUUCUGAAGCGCUUAAAGAAGAAACUGAGUUUCAUUCUACUUUAUAUCACAUGGUGAAGGAUUUUUCUUCUGAGGAAGCAAUGGAGAAAGUCAGGAGUUCCAACUGUCAGUUUGUCAACUCUGUGUGCCACAUGCUGCUCUCUACCAGAUUGCUCAGCUACUCCUAACCUCCACUUACAAACUGUAUUGUAAGUAUGAAGAACCAAGCAUGGUGAAAGACAGGUAUUUCUGCAACACAAUGUAAUGAGUGAAUGAAUACAUUUCAAAUCAACUAUUAAAAUGUUCUAAUCUGCA